UUGUUUAUUUUCUUUCAUGAACAAUUAUCUCGAAGGUUAUCUGGGAAAAAAUACUUGGUGGAAGCUUUGAAAGGCAAAUUAAAAGAUGGAAACAAAUCUGACAGCUAACCAACUUGAGCCACAAAUUGGCCAAGUAGCUGGUGUGGAAGCCGUGCCUGUACAUGACUCUGAUAGUGAUGGCCAAAAUGCUAAUGUGCAAAUGGAAGCCAAUGCUGGAAAUGACCCUACUGUUGCUGGACAAACUGCUAAUGUGGAAGCAAAUCCAAGAAAAAGAAAAGAGUCCCUGCAAAGAUCAGUGGUGUGGGAUCAUUUUGAUUCCAUAAGAGAUGGAAAAGGUGUUAUAAUGCAAGCAAAGCGCAAGUACUGUGCUCGUAUGUAUAACUGCAACGCCAAAAAAAUGGCACAUCUACAUUGAGGAGUCAUAUGAUUAGGUGUACUAAACACCCCUCCACUGUUGAAACCAGGCAAGCUCUUCUCUCUUUUCAACCUGUUUCUAAUGCUGGUCCUGAUGUUGGUGGUAUGUUUAAUGUUGCUGCAUGGAAAUUUGAUCAGGAUGUAA